AUGGGGACCGCCCGGAAAGGGGACACUAGCCGGCCCGCCCCUUUAGCCUCCCGCUUCCGGCCUGGGGUUUGGGCCACGCCCCUCGCUGUCUCGCGCAGACGCGGCAGUGCCUACGAGGGCGCCACCCUUACCCGCCUUCUUACAGGCUGUGUGGCCUCCCUUGUCUGGGCCAGCCAUGGAGUCUUGUGGCUGAGGGCUCCCUACCUGGACUGGACACAUGAAACAGCACCCCAGCAGGAAUGGACAUACAUGGUACCACGGCACUGUAACUGGCUGUGCUUCAAAUUCGGGGAGCAUGGCUGCCCUUCAAGGACCCCCAACUGCCCCACCUGCCACCAUACAGUUGGAGGAUGGACCUGUUUUGAGGCAUGUUAUGAGAAGACCGUGGGGUACCUGAGGGACCAAGCUCUCUGGUGGCUGGACAUGAGCUCAGUAAGCGAGCUUGGAAAAGUGUGGAAGGAGCUAUUAGAAGUGAUUCCCAGGCCCCUCGUGCACCUUUUUGAUUUCCUCUGUGUACCCUGUGUCAUGCUGGCGACUCUGGCCGCAGCAGUAUCAACAUGGAUUUCAGUAGUUACUAAGAAGGUAGUAGGCCAGGUCAGGCUUGCCCCAGGUUCUGUCAGUUUCUGCCUUGUUCCCAGGAUAAGUCAGGGCACUACCCGCAGCUCUGAGGAAGGUGUAAGGAGCCAAACCCCAGGACCCUUCACCUGUCCCAGGAAUACCAGGGUUCUUGGAGGUAGCAGGGGUUCCCAGAGCUUGCUGAUCUGGUGCACCAGGUGGUAGUGUGGGGAUAGGCUAGACAUUCUCAACAUGGAGGUACGGGGAGUUCUUGAGGAGGAGGGAAGAAUGUGGGGAUCUCUGCUGCCUUGAUGGGGAUGUCUGAGGGAUUUUCUUAGGUCUCAAGAGCUUCCUGGAAUUUCACCAUCUCCAGUUUUUUCUCAACUGUAGAUUUUGGGAGAUGGUCUGAUUUCCUCAGAGGCACGAGACAGGAUAAGGCACAGAGGAUGCGGCUCUGAUCUGCAGUGGGCAGGGACUCAGGCUAGCCAGGGUACAACUAUAACAUGGGCAGCUAGCUGGAUAGCCAGGGCAAGUGGCCUCCCUCUCUGGAUUUGAAUCUGAACAGCAAAGUAAGUGGUUUCAUUAUGGUAAUCAGACCAAAGCCGCCCCCCCCACCCCCCCUCCCUGCCGCGAAGGUCCUGCCUGCAUGUGUGUAGGUGUGUGUGUGGACAGGCACUCACAUGUAGGCCUUCAUUGUCAAAAAUACAAAGCGUGUGAGCACAUGCACAGCGUGCUCAGCUCACGCACAGAAGACUGGUGAUGGGGGAAGCUUUGUUAACCGAUCACCUCUAAGAAGUGGAACCUAAUUAAGGCAUGGCUACCUGCAGCCCAGGAAGAAAAACUGGGAUGGACCAGGUGCUCGCUCUCUCUGGGUGAUUCCUGCAGGACACAGAAGAGCUUGGACUUCCCAUUCUCGUGGCAUGAGUU